CUGAGGUACCAGUGCCAUCAUGGAUUCAACCUGGUGAAAGUGUUAUGGUGACAACAUCAAAAUCAGCCUCUAGGAUGACUGUUGUUGUACAGUUUGUUGGAAAUGUGGAAUUCGCCAGUGGUCCUUGGGUAGGGGUUGAGCUUGAUUUACCAGAAGGAAAAAACAAUGGCUCUGUAAAUGGGAUACCUUAUUUCCGCUGCCGGCCACGGCACGGACUGUUAGACACGAUAAACUCAUUAUGGAUAAGAAACGACGAGGGUCUAGAAAAAGUGCUGCUCAUUUGAUGAAUCGUAAAUCUGUUGGACAUGGGUCAGGAAAUAGUCCAUCAACCAAAGGGAGUGCUUCAUCCGCC